AUGUCUCGCAGUCUGCAUGGGCUCGGAGCGGCUUCUGUGUCGCAGCACAUCUCGCGCUAUGCAUCAGCUAUCGCACUCAAGGCGUCUACAUCCAAGUCUGGAUUGGAGGAGUUAGACACGUGGUACCAAUCGCUUCCCUACGGCACGGAUUCUUCACCAUGUAGUGGGCUCGACAGCAAAGAGGCGCUGCUCAAGCUGGUUCGAUGGAAACUUGGGCGCGAAAAACAUCGACCGACUCUCCUCGCACUCGUCUCUUCCAACUCCCCAGACCUCGUCAAAGAAACCCUUCGCAAGGCAGCCACGCAUCUAGCCGAACAAAAGCUCACACUGGACUCGAGCGAUGAAGAUCUACUCGAUGGUGUAGUGGCGACUAUGGAGAUCCUGGUUGGUCUUCGAGGAGUCGGACCAGCAACUGCAUCAGCAAUAUGUGCAGCCUGGAACCCAGUAGGCAUCUUUCAAUCCGACCAUCUGGUUGAACUGCUGCAAGGAGGGGAAAAGGUUAAGUAUACCUUGCCGUUCUACAAGGCCUUCUACAAAAACGCCAUUCGAGCAGUCAAGCAGACACAGGCGAUUGAGUCGGGAAAGACCCUCGAUAAGGUAGCUUUCAGCUUGGCCCACCCCGAUCCUUCGCUAUCAAAUAUGCAAGACAACAAAGACAAGAAAGACAAGCAAGACAAGCCGUCAAAAAGGUCCGUCUCACCAGCACCUCCUGCAACACGGCCCAAACGAACACGCCGACAAUAG